GGGUCACCAGAUCUCUGCGUUGGCAGUUCGAUCACAGGGAGGAGGUGUGGCAGCAUUUAAUGUUGCUUAGCGACCUUCGCGCCAAUCAAUACGCCAUAUGUUAUUUCUUUUUCCUACCCCAUUCUCGGCUUUCUUCAAUCUCACGCGUGAUCAUUUGGUGCUGCCGCGGACGACAGGAUUCCCUUGCUUCUGAAUCUUCCACAACUUACGAUUCUUUUCAGAUUGCUUGGCCUGUGAACUCCGACAGACGAGAAUUUCCAUCCUCAUCCCGUCGACCUGCUUUCCUGACUGAUACCAUUCGGACCAUGAGGUCAGCACGUUCGACACAGACCGUACUAUUGCCAACAUUGUCCCGCGUCAUGAGCCUCUUGUGUCUAGUCCCACAAGGUAACUACGUUAGUAAGUUAGUCUCAUCUAUACAUACCUUAAAUAAGUCUCUACUCUUCAAUCUAGCCAAGGGCACAUCACCCGCCUCAAUUUCUAGAUUCAUUCACCCUGCUUCGGAUUUUUAUAGGUCCAGGCCUGGUCGAUCGGCGUCUAUUCCCUGUCGCCCUUCUUCCUCUUCUAGUCCACCAAUUCAAGCGUGCUCAUUUCCCAUGUGCAAUGUAUCUCCUACCAUUAUGGAAUGCUAUGUCAUCAUGCACGUUUUGGAGAAUUCAUCUUGCCGCCGAUCUUCCACGGAUGAAAAGAAGGGAGAACGACUUUAAUCGAAAGGUGAUGAUCCAAUUGCUCAUCAAACGCUGUCGCCUGCGCUGUCUUUGCGUUUUCCUAUCUCGCGGCAGCUUGUUUUUAUUUCCACUUUUUGUUUUCGUGUUCUUUUUUCUUUUUUUGUCAUUUGUGUUAUGUUCCUUGAAGUAAAUUCCCCUGGAUCCGACAUACCGGCCCGCAACUUUUC